GUUGAAUGUCAAAGCUUUUUGGAUUAAAUUCAACAGCAUCAGGUCAUUCAAGAGACGAAGAAGAGGAUGAUCAAAAUAUUGAAGAUUAUCAAUCAUCAUCAUUUAACGUAGAUAGAGCAACAACAAGUUAUUCAAAACCUAUUCAAAUUAAUAAUCAAAUGGAUAAUAAUUCAUCAUCACCUAAUUCCUAUAAUAAUAAUAGUGGUGGUAAACAAUUGGGUAAUAAACCACCUCCACCACUUCCACCACCUGGUACUUUUACUGAUAACAUACAAAUCAAUACCAUUAACACCAACAACACCAACAACAUUAACACCAAUCAAAAUAAUUUAUCAAGUUCUCCACAAUUUACUUUAGGUAAAAGUUUUGCUAGUCUUCAAAAUUCUGAAGCAAGAUCAAGGGCUAGUUUUCAACCAUCCAUGAUGACAAAUGUUAAACCAGCAAGAAAAGAUACAAAUGCUCAUAGACUUGUUCAUCAAGUAUCAUCUUCAUCAUCUGAUAAUAAUUUAACAAAUAAUUUAACAACCAAUGAUAAUGAUAUAACAAGUAAUUUAAAAUGGGCUAAAAUUGAUAGUGGAUUAUAUUUAAAUGAAAAGAUUGAAUUAAUUUGGAAUGAUGAAAUAUUUAAUAAUAAUAAUAAUAAUGAAAAUGAAUUAUUUAAUAUUUAUUUAUUUUCAUUUACACGUAUUAUUGGUACUUAUUUUGAUCAAUUUGGAUUACAAAAUUUACAAUUAUUACAACAAGAAGAAUCAACUAUUAGAUUAUUAGAUAAAAUAUAUGAUCAAUUAUAUUCAAGAGUAUAUACUAUUGUAUUUAAAAUACCAAAUUUAAAUAUUUUAUUACAAUAUAUUAAUAAUAGAAAAAGUAGAAUUUUAUAUAUUUUAAAAACAUUUUCAAUUAAUUUAAUUUUAAAUUCUUUAUUAUUAGAUUUUAUUAAUUAUUAUAAUGAUGGUAAUAAUUUAAAUAAUAAUAUUUUAAAUUUAUGGUCUUUAUUAGAACAAUCUACUAUUAUAAAUAAUAAUACAAAUAAUAUUGAUACUAUUACAAAUGAUAAUACCACUUUAAAUCCUCUUUAUAAUGAUAUUCAACAACAAUCAGAACAACAAUUAGAAUCUAUUACAAAUAAUAAUAUCAAUAAUAAUAUCAAUAAUAAUAAUAAUACUAUUAAUACAAUUAAUAAUAAUGAAAGAAGAAGAACACUUGAAUCAGAAGAGAGUGAAUCAGAUUUAGUAUUAGAUAAAGAAGAUUUUGGAAUGGCAGUAUUUACAGCAGGUAGAGAUGAUUUUAGAUUAUCAACUGUUUCAUCCGAUUCAUAUGAUCCAACAUCAACUGAUUUAACUAUUAAAUCAUCAGUUAAUAAUAAUUAUGUAUUACCACCACUUCCACCUUCAAACAAACCAAAAAGAACCAAUGAAAUUGACAUUACUAAUAAUACAUCAUUAUCAUCAUCACCACCACCACCUAUUAUUCCACAAAACAAACCUCAAAAACCUCAACCACCUCAAUUCAUUCAACCACAACAACAACAACCAAUUAUUCAACCAAUUGUUCAACCAUCAACAACUGAAUCUGAAAAUAUACCAAGUGGUAUUGGUGGUAAUGGAAUGGUUAGACCUCCUAAACCUCAAACUAAACCAAAAAUUAAUGAUAGUACUUCAUCCAAUAAUAAUACUACAUUAUCUUCCAAUAAUAAUAGUAGUAAUAAUAAUUUAUUAUCUGUUAAUAAUACAAGUACAAAUACAAGUACAAGUAAUACAAGUAGAAAUAAUAGACAUUUAACAGAUGAUCAAAAUAGAAUGCAAAAAGCCAAAUCAGUUUCAUUAGAUUUUGAUAGAUUUGGUGGACUUGGUACAACACCACCACAUGCAGUUGAUAAUUUAAUUGUAAAGAAAACUAAAAGAGUUCAAAAUAGAUCAAAACCAACUGCAACAAGUAAAAAUGAAGUUAAAAAAGAAUUGGCAAGAGUUGAACAAGAUGCUCAAGAAACUUCACUUAAUAAUAUUCCAAUUAUUAUUACAAAUAAUACUACUACAAAUAAUAAUAAUACUACUACAAGUAAUACAAAUAAUAAUACAAGUACAACAACAGGUAAAUCAUCACCUAGAGAUAAUAAGAAUAGUAGUAAACCAACAUCUACUUAUAUUCCAAUUAUUACUGGACCAAUUCCAAUUAUGGGAGGUGUACCAAUGAUGGGAAUAGCAGGUGGUAUAUUAAAAAAGAAGAAUAGUGAAAAUCAAUUGAAAAAGGAUGAAAAUAUUGAUCAAUAUACUUCAACAAGUAAUGUUAGUAGUGGAGUAGUGGAUACAAGUCCACGUACAGGAGGUAAUAAUACUAGUAAAUUUACACCACCUGUUGCACCACCAAUUCCAGGUAAGAAACCACCAACCACAACAACAUCCAAUUCUAAUAGUAGUAGUAGUACUACUAGUUCACCAAUUGUUAGUAGUAGGAUUGAAAAUUCACCACAAGUUAAUACUGAACCACCACCACCACAACAACCAAAGAGAGCUGUAGCACCACCAAUUCCAAGUAAUAAUAAUAAUAAUAAUAACAAACCUCAAACUAAACCACCUCCACCACCAAUCAAUGAAGAACAAUCAACUAUAGGUAAACAACCACCUCCACCACCACCAGAAGAUGAAGAAGAAAAUGUUACUACUACUACAAAUAAUACAAAUAAUACAAAUAAUAGACCACCUAUUCCAUCAGGAUUGAAAAAGACAACAGCUCCUCCACCUCCACCACCAGAAGAAGAUGAUAAUUCACUUCCAUCUAAACCAUCCAAUCCACCACCACCUAUUAAUCCAUCUAUAUUAGAAUCAAAACCUAAAAAGACACCACCUCCACCUCCAUCAUCAUCAUCUACUGCUGCUACUACUACUGAUAUGAAUGAUAGUAAUAAUAGAGGAUUGAAAAAGACAACACCACCUCCACCUCCACCACCAGAAGAUGAUGAUGAACAAGAUAAUCAAACAGCAAUAACAUCACCAUCAUCAGUGUCAGUAACAAAUGAUGCUAAUAGAAGAUUAAGUGUUGCAAUUUCACAAUCAGUAUUAUCUGAAAUGAGAUUAAAGAAAACUCAACAAGAUGAUACUCAAUCAAAUGAUAAUACAUCAUCAUCAUCAGUUGGAGGAGGAAGUGUUCAACAAGUUGAUUUUAGAUCUGCAUUGAAAAAGAAGGAAUCUACAAGUAAUUUAAAUACUUCUGCUACUUCACCAAAUACUAUUAAUACUAUUAAUACUAAUACAAGUAAUACAAGUAAUAGUGUUAAUACUCCUUCAAGUGGUCAAAUUGAUUUUAGAUCUAAUUUAAAAAAGAAAGAUCAACCAUCUUCUUCUUCUACCACUCAACCAUCUUCAAUUGAUACUACUAAGAGUAAUAAUAAUAAUACUAUUACUCCACCACCAUCAACAACAACUAGAACUACUACUUCACCUAAUACUAAUAAUAAUACAGGAAGUGGUACACAAGUUGAUUUUAGAUCAAAUUUAAAGAAAAAGACAGAAGAUCAAUCAAAUACUUCACCACCAUCUGUUCAAGUUGUACAAGAUAAAAAGAAUGAAAUUCCACCAUCAAAACCAUCCAAUCCACCUCCAUCUACUACUACUGCUACUACUGGUGGUGGAGGAGUUCAACAAGUUGAUUUUAGAUCUCAACUCAAAAACAAAACAUCAAAUACUACUACUCCAACUUCUACUACUACACCAGUAACAACAACAACACCACCACCUGUUAAAUCAACCACAACUACAACACCAGUAACAACAACAACACCACCAUCAUCUGUAUCAUCAACACCUUCUACUCCAACAAGUGGUGCUGCUGUUACUGCUAAUAGUGCUGGUGAAGCUCAACAAGUAGAUUUUAGAUCAAUUUUAAAGAAGAGAAAAGAAUAAUGUAAAAUAAAUUGAAUUUUAUGAAAAGAAAGACCAUUGGUACAAUAAAACAAACACUUUAUUG